UUAAGCAUAUUUUAAUUGCCACGUACACAUUUACGUCAUUUACAUGCACAUACAACCAGUUCUUUGUAUCUAGUAUCUUAUCUUUUAUUUUUUAAAUCAGUAGAGAUAGACACUAUGAAGCCAGUUACUAAAAUAGAAGAAGGUCAAAAGACAGAAGUAGAAUAUGAUGGUACAGUGAAAUUAACUUGCAAGGUAUCCGGCUACCCAAAACCCACAAUUACUUGGAUGAACGCCGAGGGAACUGUAGUUAAAUCUGUGAGUUCGAUCCUGCAAGUACCUUACGACUACAUUAGUUACGUAACAAUUUCUCACGUGAUGAAAGCUGACAAAUAUAAAUGCUAUGCCAAAAACAGCAUUGGAAGUGAUGCAACAAUAAUUGAUGUCGCUGUUAAAGAUCCUUUUGAAGUAAAGUCAGUGCCCAAAGGUACAACUGGAGUAUUUUACGGUUCUGAAGGCAUCAUUACAUGUGACAUAAGAUCAAAACACCGGAUGAAUAUCCGAUGGUACUACGCAGACGAAAUCACUCGAGUAGACAGAGAAAUCUCCUCAUCUGAUGCAUACCAGAUCUCUACUGACAGCAAACAACUAAAAAUUAUGAAAAUGAAUUUGAGUUUGGUCGGAAAGUAUACUUGCAAAGCAACUUUACAGAAUCACGGAGAUGUUCAGAAGACUUUCAGCACUAGAGUAACAGCAGAUGGUGUUGUGGCUCCAGAAGUUUCGGGAGAAAAUAGUAAGAAAGCUACAAAAGGUUCUGCUGCUGUUAUCAACUGCAGUGUCAAAGGAUUACCAAAACCAAAAAUUUCUUGGAAAUUUAAGGGAUUAACUGCUAAAAACUUAGUGAAUUUGUCGGGCACUAAUAGUGAGUUUCAUAUUCCGAGAGUAGAAGAGAAACAUGCAGGAAACUACAAGUGCGUAGCAGUCAACGACAUCGGUAGUGAUUCACACGUGACCACACUUAUUGUUCAAGACCCACCAAAAAUAACCACAGUACAUACAGCAGUUUACAAAAGCAAUGAAGGAACUGCUCUUUUGAAAUUGCCAUGUGAUGCCACCGGCAAUCCCAAGCCGGCUAUCAUUUGGAAGAGAAAUGGUGCAACUAUAACUCCAAAUUCGAAGUAUUCAAUAGAAGCAGGAACGCUUAUAAUCAAAGACAUUAUAGUAGAAGACACUGGGUCUUAUACUUGUGAAGCGAAGAAUGAAGUGGGUGCAACGAGCGCAACGUUUAAAACAAUGAUCCUUCAAUUUCCUAAAGUAUCUGGAGUUGCUGCUAAAAAAGUAAGACUAGGAAUUUCGGACACUAUUGCGUGCAAAAUUGUCAACGGAAUAUCAACACCAAAUAUAACUUGGCAAGUCAUGACAGAUUCUGCAACAAAAUACGACCCUCUCAUAGUCUCAAUAGAAAUUCAAAUAGACUCACAACUUGCAGGCGUCAGUGUGCUAAAAAUAUUAAAUAUAACAGAUAAACACGCCGGAUCAUAUAAAUGUGUGGCAACGAAUGAAUUAGGAGCUAACGAACACGUCACUACCCUGAUUGUGGAAUCUCCACCUACAAUAAUUUCAAGCAAUGCAGUUUACAACGGUGUUGAAGGCGAUCUUGCCUUGAGGAUUCCAUGUAAUACCACUGGUAAUCCAAAGCCAACCAUAACUUGGAAGGUCGACGGAACUAUUAUAAUACCAGACACUAAGUAUGCCAUUGAAGAUGGAGCUCUAGUUAUAUUUAGUCCGAUGCAAACCGACAGUAAAACAUACGCCUGUGAAGCUAAAAAUUAUCUUGGAACUGUAACUGCUGUUUCCCAAGCACAAAUUGAUGAGUAUGUUGGAUAUGGUGAUAAAUAUAUAGUGUACAUAAAGGAAGGCGAAAACAGAAAACUUGAAUGCGACGGAUAUAACUCCAAAUCUCAGACGGUUAGGUGGCUAGUCGAAGACGUUGAUUUGAAAUUAAAAGAACCAUUCGUAUAUUUCGAAAAAGCCUCCGUUGACAAAGAUGGUAACUACACGUGUCGCGUAAGUGAUAAGCAUGGCAAUACAUACACACAUACCUAUGUUGUCGAUGUUGGUCGUGAACCGAAAUUUAAGUACGAAAAUCUUCAAAUCGUCGACUGGGGAGGUGAUGUCAAAAAUGUGCUGUCAAACUGUGAUAGUGAAGCAAAACCAUGGGCAAGUGUAACAUGGUAUUUCAACGGGAAAAUGUUAAGUGACCAAGACUUGAAACAAUUGGAAGACCAUUUUAAAUGGGGACGGUAUUCCUGCAAUGUUUCCAAUGUCCAUGGGUCAAUACAGAGAAGUUUUGAGGUCGCGUCACCAGAAUGCUACAUUAACAAGAAUUUCAAAUACAGCGAAGACAUGCCAUUGAUUCUUAAUAAUGACCUUACUUGGCCAUCUUGGAAAACUCCAAAUAAUCAUUAUAUAACGAAGCCACAUGAAAGCAUUAAGAUUUUCUGUCCUAGUCAAGCAAAAACAGUAAAUGAACUAAAGACAUUCAAUAAAAACCUGGUACAAGCAACUUGUGUGAAACAAGACAUAUUUGAAAUUGAUGGGAAAAAUUACACAAUAACAGAUCUGCAUUGCAAGAAUAAUGUCACUCCUAACAUAAUAAACGAAAAAUCUAAAUGCCUAACUGAAGCUUCUGAAAUGAUACGAGUAGGGUACGAAGUAGAGGAUUUCUUGGGGACAUACGAUGUAUGUUACGACUAUGACAAAAACGUGCCACUUUACACUCGUGCAGUUCUAAGUGGGGCUUACGAUACUCCAAGAACAUCAACAAUUUGGCAUAAAUACCCUGUUAUUGCCGAAGACAAGCUGGACAAAGGAAUAACUUGUAAGGACUCGACAUCAUCGUGCUGCUACAGUAGAACAUUGCUAGUCAAUGAUGGAAUAUACAAUGAACGUCUGGCACGGGACACAACGUUCAUCAAACCAUUAAAUACAAUAUUGCAAUGGCGUCCUUGUACAAAUAAGAUGACAACUUGGGAAGGCAUAAAUCAUAUGGUGACGACCCAGAUACAAGGCUUCGGUAAAUUCGUAGCAUGGUCGGGUACACACACUUUGGAAGAAAAAGGCGGAGUGUUCAUACCACGGUACUUGUGGAUGGUGCUGAAAUUCGAUGAAGACAACAGUCUAGCUAUCGUCCAUUUGAAUGACCCGUCACCUACAGACAAGGACAUCAAAUGUAGGAACAUCUGCAACGAAGACGACCAGCCUUGGUUCCGUCCUGAAGAUAAAUUUACAUAUUGCUGUAGCGUAGACGAAUUCCUGUCCGUAUUUAAUCUAAAGGGACAUGGUAUUGGAGAGUGAUUGGCGCCUUCUAGUAAUGAAGAACACAAAAUUAUGUGAUAAUCAAUAUUGCUACUAAGAGUUUAAUAUAAUGAUACCG